AUGAGUAAUACAGAUGACGCAUUUUUGGCGUUGACUCUAGCACUGUGUAUUAAGAAAAAAAAAGGAGACGGUGGAGUAGAGAGAGAAUGGUUGAAAUUAAGAGAUAAAUGUACCCACGAAAAUUUGCUACGGGAAAUAUAUACAGAACCUGAAGACUACGCCAACUUCCUGCGCAUGGACCAUAAAACUUUUGAAGAAUUACUAGCUAUACUCCGUCCUCGCAUUGAAAAAAUGGACACAGUUAUGCGCAAAUCUAUAUCAGCUUCUCAAAGGUUAUCAAUAACUUUGAGGUACCUGGCUAGUGGUGCAGAUUUCGAAGACUUAAAAUGUCAAGCCUGCAUUGCACCUCGAACAUUGGGCGACAUUAUCAUUGCAACUUGCGAAGCAAUAAAUGAAACACUAAGCAACAAUAUUCAGGUAAGGUUUUACUUAAUUAAAUCUCAAAACAUAUUAAUUAAAAUGAAUAAAAAUUUUGUAAAAAUUCUGCUGCUGUCUCAGCUUCAGUUGGACCGUUUGUUUGUGAGUCUGGGUUUGGAAUACUAA